AUGCCCUCCACCAGCCGAAAGAAAUACAUCAUCCCCCGUCCCCGCAACCUCUACAACUUCACCAUCGCCCUCUUCGUCGCCGUCGGAUCUCUUUGCUAUGGCUACGCCUCCUCCAUCUCCGCCGCCUUGAUCGGCCAAGCAUCAUUCUACGAUUCAAUGAACCUCGUUCAGGGCACACCGCACACGAACGACAUUCUUGGCGCUAUCAACGGCGUCUACGCUGCUGGAGGCGCCGUGGGAUGCGUGUUCAACAUCUGGUCUUCUGACCAUUUCGGCCGGAAACGUAGCUUGCAGCUGGGGUGUGUGAUCUGCCUCGUCGGAGCGGGGAUCAUGACGGGUUCGGUGAACAUCUCGAUGUUCAUCGUCAGUCGGUUCAUCAUAGGCUUUGGAAUUGGAGUUUUGGUGACGCUUGUGCCCUUGUACCAAAGCGAAGUGAGCCCACCUGAAUCCCGCGGCUUGAUGGUUGGGUUGCACGGGGUGUUGAUCGGCUUCUCGUAUGCCAUGACCGGGUUUGUGACAUAUGGCUGCUAUUUCGCGCCAUACGGAGAGUUCCAGUGGCGAUUUCCAUUGGCGGUGCAGUUAAUUCCGACUGUGAUUCUGCUCGUCGGAUCGUACUGGUUGCCGUUCUCGCCGCGGUGGUUGUUGAGCCAGGACAGGGGUGAGGAGGCAUGGGAGGUUACGUGGAGGUUGCAUGCGAACGAGAAGGAUCCCGGAGAUGGAUAUGCGAGAGCCGAGUUCCGACAGAUGCAGACGCAAAUCGAGGCGGAGAGAAGAAUGGGUGUGACUGGAACCUUGGCCAAGGUGAAGCUGGGCUUUGGGCAGGCAAGCUUUCGGAAGAGGUUGGCAUUGGGAUUUCUCGUGCAAUUUGGCAAUCAGUGUACAGCAGGGGCUCUGGUCAUCGCCAACUACCUGACCCAGAUCCUGUCGCGUCUUGGAAUUACUGGAGGCACGCCGUUGCUCCUGAUCGGAUGCUUCAAUCUUGUCACCGUACCUGGCAACCUGUGCAACGGCCUCUUCGUAGAUCGCUUCGGGCGUCGCAACUUUGUCUUGGUAGGCUGCGCCGGGAUACUGCUAUGCCUCUCAGGAGAAGCAGCGAUGACAGCGCGAUUCGUCGAAACAGGCUCCGGCAACGGAGUCGGACUUGGCUUUGGAGUCUUUUUCAUUUUCCUCCAAGCGGCCUUCUAUUCGAGUUGCCUCGAUGCGACCAUGUAUUUGAUCCCAUCGGAGAUCUUUCCAAUGGUCAUCCGAGGCUUUGGUGUCUCAUUCUCCAUCAUGGCCCAAUGGAUCGCCACAGCAAUCCUGCUCACAGCUGCACCAGUAGCGUUCGAGAAAAUUGGCUACAAGUUCUGGAUCAUUCUCAUCUGCCUGACCGUUGUCUAUGCAGUGCUCGUGUACUUGUAUCUGCCAGAGACUAAGGAAUUGACUCUCGAAGAUAUUUCAAUCUUGUUCGGCGAUCCAGUCGAGCUGAGCUUUGAGCAAGCAUUGAAUGACGAAGGGAAGCUGGGAUCGGAAGUGAAGGAGCGACCAGGGCACGUGGAGAUCGUGGGUGACAAAGUGUGAGGAGAGCGAUAGAUUGCGUGGCCGAGUUUGCCCAAUUAUCUUCAUCCGGUGUG